UUCAUAAAUAUGCAUAGUAAAAUGAUACUCCUCCAUUUCUCUCAUUUCACAAGAUGAUUUUCUGUCUCAACAAUGCACCUUUCUUCCUCCUCCUCCUUCUUCUUCCUUCAGUAUAUGCAACAUCAUUACUCAGACAUGGAAAUGAAACAGAUCAGCUUGCUCUUCUUGAUUUCAAGAACAAAAUCAUUUCAGACCCUCUUAAGAUCAUGGAUUCCUGGAAUCAAUCCAUUCAUUUCUGCAACUGGUUUGGUGUAACUUGCAGCCCAUCCAACGGUAGAAUCAUUACCCUCAAAUUAUCUACUCAAAAUCUAGUCGGCACCAUCACACCUUCCAUAGGCAACCUUUCCUUUCUAUCUGGCCUCGAUCUCAGGAACAACAGCUUCAAUGGCGAAAUCCCACAAGAAAUCGGUCGCCUAACAAGGUUACAGUCUCUUAACUUGACAAAUAACAAUCUUGGCGGGAAAAUUCCAACCAACUUAACUAACUGCAGAGAACUCAAGAUCCUUGCUUUAGAAAUGAAUGAACUUGUCGGUGAGAUCCCAUUUGAGUUAAGCUUACUCUCAACAAAGCUUCUGGUUAUGGGUCUUGGACGUAAUUACUUAACAGGGAGAAUCCCAUCUUGGAUUGGGAAUUUUUCAUCUCUUAUUCGAAUCUCACUUGCCCUGAAUAAUUUCCAUGGAAGCAUACCACAAGAGCUUGGAAAACUCUCAAAGUUAGAGUUUUUUCAAUUAUAUGGAAAUCAAUUGACAGGCAUGAUCCCUUCAUCAAUAUACAAUAUUUCCACCAUAUAUUACUUCUCUGUCACUCAGAAUCAUCUCCAUGGAAAUCUUCCUCAUGAUGUCAGCUUCAAGUUUCCAAAUCUUAAGGUUUUUGCUGGGGGUGUCAACAGCUUCACAGGGAAGAUCCCAUCUUCAUUGCAGAAUUCAUCAGCCCUUCAGGUACUUGAUUUUGCUGAAAAUCUUAUUACUGGAAACAUACCAAUUGGCUUAGGAAGAUUGCAGAAUUUGUAUAGGUUAAACUUCGAUGACAACAAGCUUGGAACCGAUCUAGAGUUUUUGGCUUCCUUAGUCAACUGUUCAUCCUUGGAAGUUCUUGGUUUGGGUGGUAACAUGUUUGGAGGAUCUUUGCCUAGUUUCAUAACCAAUCAAUCAAACAAACUACAAAGACUUACACUUGGUUCAAAUCUAUUAAGUGGGAAUAUACCUGAUGGAAUUGGAAACCUAUUUAACUUAAACCUCCUUGGCUUGGAAGGUAACCAAUUUAAUGGAACAAUCCCAUAUGAUUUGGGAAAACUUCGAAACUUAGCGGGUUUGCAUUUAAACUACAAUAGAUUUUCGAUGUCAAUUCCAUCUUCACUUGGGAACCUAACAAAACUAACCAGAUUGUUUAUGGAGGAGAAUUUGCUAGAAGGAAACAUACCUUUAAGCCUGGGAAAGUGUAUUGAUUUGCAGGUAUUGAACUUAAGUAGUAAUUAUCUUGGUGGAAGCAUACCCAAAGAAAUAGUGGGUUUAUCUUCACUUUCGAUAUCUUUAUCGUUAGCCAAUAAUUUGUUGACCGGGUCUCUACCAUUUGAAGUGGGUAAGUUGAUAAAUCUUAAGGAGCUUCAUAUUUCAGGUAAUAAGAUAUCAGGGGAAAUUCCUAUCAGCCUUGGUAGUAGUAUUAGCUUGGAGAGGAUACUAAUGAAUAAUAAUCUAUUUGAAGGAAAGAUUCCUCAAUCUAUACAAAAUUUGAGAGGAUUAAUUCAGUUAGAUCUUUCUCACAAUAGCCUGUCAGGGGAGAUCCCACGGUUUCUCGAAGAAAUAAGAGCACUCGAGAGUCUUGAUCUCUCGUAUAAUGAUCUGAAUGGUGAAGUUCCAACUCGAGGACUAUUUUUGAACUCCAGCCGAAUUACUCUAGUUGGAAAUGAUAAUCUAUGUGGGGGAAUCUCAAGCUUACUUUUGCCUGCUUGUCCUGUUAAGAAGGAUAAUUCUUCAAGAAACUUUUUCAGUCGUAGGACUAUCGUUAUUGUAGUUGUCGUCGUAGUUUUGUCUGCUGCGUUGUUUUCUGGGAUUAUAUUUUGCAUAUUGAAGAGAACUAAGAAAACAACCUUAAAUUCCUCCUCUGAGGAGAAUGUGGGUAUUUCUUACCAAGAACUUUUAAGAUCAACAAAUGGCUUUUCUACCGAUAACUUAAUAGGUUCGGGUAGUUUUGGUCCUGUUUACAAAGGAUCCUUACCAAAUGAUGGAACUGUUGUAGCUGUUAAAGUAAUAAACUUACAACAAAAUGGAGCUACCAAGACCUUCAUAGAUGAAUGUGAAGCUUUGAAAAGCAUUAAGCAUCGCAAUUUACUGAAGCUGUUAACUGUUUGUUCUAGUGUGGAUCAUCAAGGUAAUGAAUUUAAGGCUCUAGUCUACGAUUAUAUGUUUAAUGGGAACUUAGAUGAAUGGCUGCAUUCAAAAGAUCAGAAUAAGAGAUUAAACAUGAAGCAGAGAUUAGAAAUAUCGAUGGAUGUAGCUCAUGCACUUGAAUAUCUGCAUUUUUAUUGCGAAACACCUAUUGUUCAUCGUGAUUUAAAACCUAGCAAUGUAUUGUUAGACCAAGACAUGACUGCUCAUGUUGGUGACUUUGGUUUGGCUAGCUUUGUCUUGGAAGAAUCUAAAAACCUUAGUGUUUCAGAGGGCCUAAAGGGUUCAAUUGGAUACAUUGCUCCAGAAUGUGGGCUGAGAGUAAAUGUUUCAACCUUUGAAGAUGUUUACAGUUAUGGGAUACUCUUGCUGGAAAUGUUUACUGGAAAGAGACCAACCGACGAAUUGUUCAAGGAUGGACUCGACAUCCAUAGUUUUGUGGCCAUGGCAUUGCCCGAGAAAGUGAUGAAUGUAAUUGAUCCAUCUUUGCUAUUAGAGGAGAAGAUUGACAUGGACAAUGCUCGUGUGAUGGAAGAAAGAUUGGUCGCGGUAAUAAAUAUUGGACUUUCGUGUUCGAAUUCAUUACCGAGGGGAAGGAUGGAUAUGAAAAUUGUCACAAACAAACUCCAUGACAUCAUUGAUUCAUUUAACAAGUUUCAUAAUACAACAAAAGUCUCAUAAUUCAACAUUUAGGUUAUGUUGAAAUAGGAUGUCAAUCAUAAACUGUAAUAAAUUAUUUACUCAAGUUUAUAGAAACUAUAUGUCUGACUUCAAU